UCUUCCUCGCGAGGAAUGGCUGUCUGGCUGGAAGAAACGGCAACUUGAAGAAUACGUAGUUUGUUAUACUGACGGUUCUUAACUGGAGGGCCGAGCUGGUACUGGUGCUUGUUGUCGUAAAAUGAGAUUAAACCAAUCUCAUUCGCUUGGCAGAUACAGUACCGUGCAGAAACCUUCGCAAUUCUGUGUGGCGUACAAUCGUCACUUCAACGGGGAAUUUGUGGUAAAUGAAUCUCGGUAAAUGUAUUCCUGCGGGCACUGCGACUGACUUCGUUGAUCCGGCACAAGAUUCGCUCUUGCGCUGCUUCUCAACAUGCCAACCAUUGGUGUAACUUGCAAAUUUGCGUUCAUACAAAAAAAUUUCUGCUAAAUGUUAGUCUGAAAAUGUCGAAGAAUUUGCUGCAUUUUACAAACACAAUUGCAGUUUUCUAGUCAGGACACUGACUGAACAUUGCAAACUCAAUUAUUGCAUGGCUACUAUUUAGCGUUCUGAGUAUUAUUCGUGUGAUCUUUGUGAAUCCGAUUACGCAAUUUAAUAUAAUUUGAAAUGUGACUCUCUUGCAGUAAUGCAAUUGCGUAUCUGGAUUUUUGGUUCCCCAUACUUAGAUGAACCUGCGUACAGAGAACUGAAACUCAAGGACAUGCUAUUGUUUAUAACCCAAUGUGAUGAAGAGCUAUAGUUUAAGCGGUAUUUGCAUGACAAUAUUUCUGCGAGGGUGUUGUCGUUCUGUUUCCUCAAUAUCUCCGCGAGAGUUUUAAUAUAUUCGCUCAUUGAGCAGCGUCUUCUAUUCCCUUAGAAGUGUAAGAUACUUCCGUAUUCUUUAUGUUCAAUGUGUCGUUAUUUUCCUUAUCCCUAACCUUAAUACUUCCCUAAUCCAUCCCAUCGGGAAAUGAUGAGAGGACAAUUCACAGCAAGGCACAAAUCUCCGAUCAACAUGGGGAACGUGCCAUUUAAGUCUGUCGCUACUGAAGUGUACGUAACGAUUCCGCUUUGAAAAUAUUGAAAUGAUUCCCAGUAUAGAAAAUAAAGACGUAAGUCCUACGUCAAAAAAUAAUUAUCACAAGUAGAGAAGGAUUCUAUCAAUCGGAUUCGCUAUAUUAUACGAAACCCAACUAUAGUUUCUCAUAAAUAUGUUUCAACAGUUAGAAUAUAGCAUACUGAACACAUACUGAUUAGCAUAUACCUGGCAAUGUAAAGAAUUAUCAGUUACGUAAAAAAAUGCAUUCCUUAUCAUUUCACUGAAUUCGAUUUUCAUAUUUUUGCGCAAGGUAUUCAUUUUGCCAGUCAUGAACUACCAAUUCAAUUCAACAGACGUUUUUAAGGAAGAUGAUCUAUUUUGCGUUCUUUCUGGGUCUGCUUUCUACAUGCAGUACUACUUAUACCCCCACAUCUCACGUGAUUUCCAACGAUAGUGUCGCUCACGCGGAUGAGCCUUUCCUACAGAAGCAAAAAUUUCUAUUCGACGUUCUACGAAAUAUCUAUCAACCUUCAGAGAUUGAUGAGUACCGAUCACCGAUAAAAAAAUGGAUCACGGAUGAAUCAAAAUACAGAGACUUCAAGGCUGUUUCCAAAUUUUUCCAGCUAUUCAAAACAAGUUUUUUGCAAAAAGGGGAAAUAUUUACAAUAUUCAACAAGUGGCACCUACAGCAAACACAUUUGUUAUUCAAUUUAUUCUAUUACUCGAUCGAUUGGGACACGUUUAAGGAAAAUGUUGUUUGGGCUCGACAAAAUGUCAAUGAAGGCAUGUUCAUUUACGCACUCGCUCUUUCCGUUAUGCAUCGAAAGGAUCUGCAGGGUGUCGAAUUACCAGCGAUUUACGAAUUAAAUCCGUAUUUGUUCUUUAACGGAGAUCUUAUCCAUGACGCUAUGGUUCGUAGAAUGCAUGAUUCUGAAUAUGGAUUCUAUGAUGGAAACAUUCGAAAUGCAGCUUCGAACAAAUAUACUUCUACGUUUGCUGUUAAUUAUCAUGGCGAAGGAAAGCUAGCCUAUUAUAUGGAAGACAUUGGAUUGAACUCUUACUAUUUCUACUAUAUGCUGGAGUAUCCAGCUUUUCUUGGUGGUGCCGAGUUUGGAUUGAAUAAAGAUCGUCGUGGCGAGCUGUUCUUAUACAUGCAUCAACAACUGCUUGCCCGGUACUAUCUAGAGAGACAAUCGAACUCAUUAGGACCGAUAGAGACAUUGAAUUGGAAAUUUCCACUUAAAACCGGACACUACUCAAUGCUCCGCUAUUGGAAUGGUAUUCCAUUUCGAUCAAGAGAAAAUUAUUUUACUUUGAACAUGAAAAACGAUGCCAAACUAGAGCAAUUGUUGGAUUACGAGCAACGAAUCAGAGAAACAAUUGACAAAGGAUACUAUUUACUAUCGAAUGGCUCCAGAAUUAACAUACGGACAGCAGCAGCAGUAGAUGUGAUAGGAAACAUGAUCAAUGGAAAUGUCGACAGUAUCGACCAGGAAUACUUUCAAUCGUUCGAAAUGCAUGCUCGGUCGAUUCUCGGCCAAAGUGAUCACUACCGGUUGGUUGACGAACUGUGGCCCGGACCCACCAUGCACUACGAAACAUCGAUGAGGGAUCCUAUUUUCUAUCAGUAUCUUGAAAGAAUGCUAGGAUUGUAUUGGCAGUAUAAAAGUUAUUUGUCACCAUACACUUUCGAUGAGCUUAACUUCAAGGGAGUGGAAAUCAAAAACUUGGUUGUCGAUAAGCUAAUAACAUUUUUUGAGCAUUUCAAUGCUGACAUUAGCAAUGGACUACCUUUUAACAGCGAAAAAUCUCAAGGAAGAUCAACCUGGAACUAUACAGUUUUUGCUCGGCAAAAGCGUCUUAAUCACAAACCGUUCGGCUACGUCCUGACUGUACAAUCCGAGUUCUCUGGAAAGGGUGUUGUUCGAAUGUACAUGGGUCCAACGUUUAACAAUAUAAGGCAACUGAAUGAUGUAAAGAAAUACUACGUUGAAAUGGAUCAGUUUUUAAUUAAUUUGGUGAUCGGCGAAAAUGUUAUCAAGCGUGACACUCGAGAUUUCUAUUUCAAUAUUAGAGAUCGCACAACCUACACUGAGUUAUACAAACAAAUACUACGAUCAAUUGAUGGAGAGGAACAGUUUGUCCUGGAUAUGUCCGAAGCACAUUGCGGAUGGCCCGACCGGUUACUGCUACCCAGAGGACUUCCUAGUGGAUUUGAAAUAACGUUUUUCUUCAUUAUUUCGCCGCAUCACGAACCGAGCGUGGUACAAUAUUCUACGUUUUAUUCGCCCGUGAGCUGUGGGGUAGGCUCUGGAUCCAAGUAUCUCGAUGCUCUACCGUUCGGAUUUCCGUUUGACCGCGAGCUGGAUACGGGUUAUUUUGUUACUAAGAACAUGAUUUUCAACAAUGUCAGCAUUCAUCAGGUAAGUGGAAUUAAAAUAAAUCAAACGGCUUAGUAAAAUGGCUGAUCUGUUAUACAAAUUUAUGUAAUAAACCAAUAUUUUGACAA